AUGUCCUACAGCUGCCACUCUGGAAACUUCUCCUCCCGCUCCUUUGGGGGCUAUCUGCCCUAUUCACACUCCUCAUGUGGUUCUUCCUACCCCAGCAACCUGGUCUAUGUCACGAACCUCCACCAUCCCAGCACAUGCCACCUGGGAACCUCUCUCUACAGGGGCUGUCAGGAGACCUUCCACAGGCCCUCAAGAUGCCACACGUCCUGUGUGGUGUCCAGGCCCUGCCAGCCAUCCUGCCACCACCCACGGACCUCCUCUCACUGCAGUCCCUGCCAGAGGACUUAUGCUACGUCUCUGGGCUUUGGGUCCAGCAGCUGCCGUUCUCUGGGCUAUGGAUCAAGGAGUUGCUACUCCUCAGGCUGUGGAUCCAGUGGCUUCAGACCUCUGGGUUAUAGAAUCCAUGGCUGCCCUUCCCUAGGCUAUGGAACAGGAUUCUACCACCCAUCCUAUGUGACUUCUAGAAGCUUCCAGUCUUCUUGUUACAGACCAACCUGUGGAUCAACCUUCUAG